AUGGACACCGGUAUUAAUAAACAGCUUGCAGUACCAACAGCAGCACCAGCAGCACCUUUAGUACCAACAAUACCUGAAGCAAUAAAUGUUAAUAUGUUUGAAGACAGUGACGAUGAAUUGUGUGUUCAAUUGUUGAAUGAGGUUGAAAAUACUGAAUUAUGUAAAAAUGACAAUAAUAUAAUGUUCGAGGACAGUGACGAUGAAUUGUGUGUUCAAUUGUUGGAAGAGGUCGAAAAUAGUGAAUUAUGUAAAACUAAUGCCAAACAACAGGACAUGCUUGAAAUAGCCCCCAACAUUUUCGUGGAAAAUAAUCCAGCUGAAACGUCUAACAAAAGUAAGCGUGUACACGUUGGCACCACGGUCGGAACAAAAGAAAAAAGAAAAAAAGCGAAACUAAUAGAACCAGCAACUGAAACUUCACUUUUAGAAUCAAAUUUGUUCAAAAUUAAUAAUCAAGAUGAAUUAUGUUGCCCCCGUGCUAUUUUAGUUGGAUUAUCGUACAAGACUGCUGAUAUAUUGGGACAUUAA